AUGCACUUCUCUACCCUCACCUCCAUCCUCCUCGCCGCCACUGGCAUCAACGCCGCCGCCCUCUCCAAGCGCGUAGACUCCAUCCCCCUCAACAUCUACACCGGCACCGGCUGCAACCAAGGCCGUCCCAUCACCACCGCCUUCGUGCCCGCCGACGGCUCGUGCUUCGGCAUCGCGCCGAUUCUCAGCGGAAACACUGAUUCGGGGCUGAUUGAUGACACGAUUCUGAAGACGCUGCCCAAGGGUUGUACUCUGCUGGUGUACUCGGACUUUGAUUGCACGAGUGUGAAUUUCAUCAACUAUGAUGCUACGGGGAGGUGUGGAACUUUCGGGCCGGGGUUGUUGAUUCAUAGUGCGAGGGCGGUGGGGACUUGUGCUUAGAUCUUAGGGUUGAAUUAGGAGGCGAUGGGAGGGGAGACAGUGGGUUUUUGGAAGCCUGUAGCUAGUCAAUGUUGGGUCCAACACUCCGAUUGACUCUGGUUAGAGGUAGUGUGGUGGAUCACUUGUUGUACGGUUUUGAGAUGAGUUUGGAUUUAGAUACUGUGGUAUGAUGUCUUGAAUCGCAAGAUGGAAAUAUCAUACUUCAUCAAGACUGCUGU